AAGCAAUGACUUGAUCUCAAUUAAUCCUAAGAUCUAAGAUUCAGGGUUUAUCAACCCUAAGCUUAGUAGUAAGAGCAACUAGAUGAAUAACUAAUUAAAUCAUCCUAACAACAAUUUAAGCUAGCAAUACAUAUAUCAACCUUAUGAGAAUCCUAAAUCUAACAGUGAGAUUACUCAGACAUAUUCAUAAAAGACAUGGUUAUGAUGGUCUGAAUAAUAUUGCAAUUGAUAAAUAAAGAGAACAGAGUAAAGAAACAAAGGGAGUUCAAGAUCUUCUCUCUCUCAAGGUGUACAGAUCUCUCUCUCCAAUCCUAAGCUCUCUCUCUCUGUAAUAGUAUGAAGCAUAGCCGUCAACAAUGGCUUAGAAACAGUAAAAUAGGAUUUCAGGUCGUCCAGGGGUAUAUUGGUAAUAUGUGGUGACUUCUGGGCCUAAAUUGGUCACGAAACAGCCUUGGCCUGUUUUCUGGGAUCACUGUCGACCGACACCAAUGAUGUUUCAUCGAUCGACGACAGUCUUUCAUCUCCUCGACAGCUUCUUCUCGCGAGGCAGACUGACCACUAUUCAGUAAAACGGGCAUAACCUCUGUUACAUGAUGCUGAUUGACCUCAAACCAAUGGCAUUGGAAAGCUAACUCAAAGCUCUAUAUGGUGUCAAAAGAUGGGCAAUCUAACAGUGGAAAGGUCUCAUCCAUAGCUAAAAAUCUGAUGCGUCUGUGCAGAUCUGCACUUAAAAGACUCCAAAAUCACCAUAUUUCUCCAGAACGUACAUGAACCUGUAAAAAUUCUAAAUAGAUUCUAUAUAGUAGUAAAUAUAUAUUAAAACACUUAUAAACCAUGGGUAAAAGUGGGUAAAAUCCAUGGUCUAUUAAAUAUCCUCGGUGUCUGAAAUGUUCGAAGACUUGUUGGUAUCAUCGCCGGAACUGCCCACUCUGACAAAUUAGCUGGAAGCUUAACAAUUUCUUGGUUCCCAUUAGUUGAGUUUGCUUAUAUCUUGCAUUGUUCUUCUUGGCUUCUUCUAUCAACAGACCCUGGAGUGUUAUGUUACUCUCUCUCAAAGGAUAUCAUUUUUUAUCAUCGCUCUCAUCACUUAUCAUUAUCGAGUCUGCAGACAAAGAGAGAGUCAGAAGGUGAAAGAAAAUGUCUUCUUUGACUCUACACCGAUUUUUCAGAGCCCUAACCAAAAAACACUUGAUUUGGCACAAUAUAUACACAUAAAUAAAUACGUAUACCUGUAACAUUGUUGUUCAUCUCGUUCCCUCCAUGACCCAUGAGAUUCUCAGUCUCUCUAACUCUGACACUACAGGAUUAUGAAUCAAAUACGUGACAGAAAAGAAAUAAAUAUUUGUUUUUAAAAAUUCAAACACGAUUAUUCAUUCUUUUUUAUUUUGAAAAAAAAAAGAAUGAAUAAUCGUGUUUGAUUUUUUAAAAAGGAAACGCUAUAAACAGUAUAAUUUUCAAUGAGGUCGUUUCCGACCAAAUUUUGAAAAAUAAUAAUUGAGAAAUCAGUAAUAUGUUUAUUUUAAGGGAUAAUUUGCAAAAUACCCUAUUUAGGAUUUGAAAUUUGAAAAAUACACUGUCUUUAUGUUUUUUUGAAAACUACACUUUCUUUAACGUAAAUUUACCUUUUUACCUCAAUUUGAUAUUUCAAUAAUUAAUAUAUAAAUUUGAAAUUAAUAAGAAAAGUACGAAAACACGGUUUAUAUAGAUUUUAAUUUAUUUUGUUAACUUUAUAUAAACACAAGUCAUGUCUCGUUCUAUACAAACUUUUCAUUCUUUCUUGAAGCCGAGGCCAAAUAAGUUCUUCUAAUAUGAUAUUCACAUAUGUGUUUGUUUUGUUUUACUUUAAAUAUGAAAAAAGAAGAACACUAAUUAUCAUUGGUUUCACAUUCUUAGUUUCACAAACAAACACAAUGGCGUUAUCAUUUGAAACAAACCAACUGUGUUGUUCUUUCUUCCAAAAAUUAAACAAUACUUCCGAAGAAACAAGAUUGUCUACCCAAAACAUUGUGUAGUUCAAGUGGCUUCUCAAUGCGAACAGACGGGAUUAGUUCAAAAUAUUCAACCUUAUUGCAAAAUAAAAACUAAAACAGUUAUCAAAACCUAGAAUAACCAAAACCAAAUUUUGCAGAAAAAACGUUUAGAACAGAAAAACGUUUAGAACAUAAAAACAUCAAAUUCCAAAGUCCCAAUGUACGAGCACGAUUGUGUCCUGUACAAUGACAUCUUGACCAAGCUUGUUUCCGUGCUUUUUUCGAGCUAUUGAUUGUUUUCUAAAACAUUCACAUCUUGAGCAAACUCUCUGAAUAUGCCGCACACAAGUGUGACUUUGAGUAGUACUGAUAACAAAUAACCCAGGGUUCAAGAAGACGAGACGCAUUUUGCGUUUUUUUUCAAAAUAAUAAAAAAUACAUUUAAGAUAUAUUAAGAAGAUAUAAGAAAGAUAUUGUGUAGUAUUUUAAACAAAAUAUUCUCUAACGAGUUUUUUUUUUAAAUUUUUUUUUAAUGAUUUAAUAGAAACUGAGAAAUAUUAAGAUUGGACAAUUUGAUAAAUGUAUAUAUAAAUUAGUGUAUUUUUCAAAAAGCUUAAACAAUGGUGUAUUUUUCAAAUUAUAUUCUUAUUGAAGUGCAUUUAUCCAAAUUUUCCUUUAUUUUAAAUCGAAAUUAUUUAAACUGUUUUCGUAACAAUUUCAAAAUAAGUUUUUAUUAUUAAUACUAAAAUCUUCUGAAAAGGGAAAAUCUAGAUAGUCAACGGUCACUUAAGAAAGAGAGAGGAACCUGAAAGUGACGUCAUAUAUCUAUCAGAUACAAUAAAAAUUACUUAAUUACUUCACACCAUCAUUCUAUUUCGCUCUCGCUUUCUUUUCCGAUUUCUUGCGCACAACGCAAUUUCAUCCUCUCUUGAUACGAAUCUAGUUAUGGUCUCGGUUAACGAAGAACCAUCGACGAAGAAGAAUAAGCCUGUUAGUCCCCCUAGGGUUUCAUCACCGCCGAGUAAAUGGUGGAAGUUGCAUUUGUUGGCAGAGGUCGCCGCCGCCGUGUCGGAGUACCAAAAAACAGAGGCACAAACUGGCGGAGAAGAAAAAGCGAGAAUCUUUGCGAAUUUCCCAAGAAAGAAGAGAAGUCCUUGUCUCUUUCGUGGAUCAUCUUCUUUGAUGGCAACACAAUGUACGAUCGAUAAACAAAGUCCAGUUACUUGCGCGGAGGGUAACAAAGAAGAGAAGAAACGAGAAAUCUUUGGUCGUUUUGAGGUGGGUUCGUGUUCAAAAUCCAUACAACUAAUUCAAAACCCUAGAUUGACUCCUCUUUCUUCCGGCGUCAACGAGUGCAAGAAACGUCGUCCCAUUAACUUCUCGCAAGAAAGAAGCCUCAAGAAACGCAGAAUCGUCCAAAAGACGACGAUCCCGGAGCGGCUCGUGAAUGUGAUGAUGAUGAGAGGAGAGAUCAACGGAUACGAUCCAAAGCUGAUCUUAGUGAAGAAGCUGUACAAGAGUGAUAUCGACAAAGUCCAGUCACGUCUCUCGUUGCCUUCGAACCAAGUGGUUACUUCAGACUUUCUGUCGGAGGAGGAGAGUAGAGUCAUAUACGAACAGUCGGUACUCAAGGAUCGUACGGAAGGACUCAGUGUUGUUCUGGUGGAUCCUCUCUUAAAGAAGCAUGUGGUUGAUCUAAGGAAGUGGAAGAUGGGUAGAAGAUGGAACUACGUCUUCGUUGAUGGUUGGAACCAAGUUGUCUCCACCAACACGUUUAAGGUCGGCGACGUCUAUCAUGUCUGGUCUUUCCUGCUUUGCCCUCGUCCCUCCUAGAAACUCCAGCGAUUCUGGUGAUGGUCACGGCGGCUCUAGUUCCUGCCUCUCUUCUUGGUGAUGCUUGACACAGUACUCUGUUUAUUUCAUAGCCUAUGGUCUCACGUUAGAAGCAUUUAUCUUUUCAGAUAAGAUAAUUUUGCAGUGCAGUUUUUUUUUUCUCUUGAUAAUAAAGAUGUUUGUUUUUUUCCUGUUUUGGUCCAGUGAUAUCAUCUUCUGUAGUAGACUAAGUAUAAAAUCUCAAAUGAAUCAGAACGAUAUUAUUAUAAAAGCAUUAAACUCAAUAAGAACAUUUGAUAAUUGCCAAUAUAUUUACUUUGCAAAACAAUGCAACAUUUUCCAGUGGAUUUCUAUCUCUUCUUCUGUCCGCUGAUUGCAGGAACCAAAAAAGAAUCAGAUGAAUCAAACAACCAUCUUACAAAAGCAUAGAAUUAGAUGUACAUGUCACCUGCACUUAGUGCAGUUAUAUAGUCCAGAGACAGAACUGUCACCAGUGCAGAUGUUUAUUUGGCAAUUAUACACUAAUUUACCGUAUAUGUACCCUGGCGUUGUCCAGCCUGUAAUUUUUGUAGACAAUCGUCAAAGACGAAACCAUCUUUGUAGGAAUCUGAAUCUCUUCUGUAGCUUCUAUAGGUACCACCAUUUUCAAUAACAAAAAGAAAAAAAUACGCCAAAUCAAUGAACUGUCUCAGAGUUCCAACACUGCAAUCUAGAACUUUUGUUCAAAAGUGUUUCACCUUUGUCUCGCCAAGAGCUCUUUUGCUGGUUGAAUAUGGCAGUCGUGAACUCUUAACCAACCAGCUCAAAAUCUGACUCAAGGGCUGAUUCUAUCAAGUGUGUAUGCGUAUGUAUAGCUUGAAAACUAAACACAUUGACUUAAAUUCUAUGCCAUUGCUUCACAGCUUUCUUAAGGCUGCUCAAUAUUCCACAUGUUAUCUACAUCAUCAAUCAGUCAUUAACGAUAAACUAACACCGUUUAUGAUUUGUCUGGAUCAUCAUGACCCAAUGGUAAGGACGGGCUCCUUCCUGCACCCAGGUUGCGAGUUCGAAUCCUGCCGGAUGGAAUUACCUCAUGAUGUCUCUGGACACCCCACACGGAUAUGGAUCCAUGCUUUAGGGCCCAUUUGCAUACCCGGAGAGAGGGUCUAUCCGUGGCCUGCACCUCUCCUUGGGGAUUAGUCUGGGCCCUUCCAUAGGCCUGGGAUACCCCCAGGUUAAAAAAAAAAAAAAAAAACACCGUUUAUGAGUUUGAUUGAAUCAUCAUAUUUUAAAGUUUAUAUGACAAGUUCAAAUAGCUUGGUCUUUUAUGACACUGGGAUAAGCCGUAUUCA